AUGGCCACGAAUAACGAGCCGUUCCGAGUUCUCAUUGCCGGCGCGGGAAUAGGCGGCUUGGCGACUGCCAUUUCCUUGGCGCGAGUGUCGGGCAUACCAAACCUGGACAUUCAAAUCUACGAGCAAGCUCCGGAACUGCUUGAAAUCGGGGCAAGCAUCGCGCUGAGUCCGAAUGCAUGUCCAAUUGUUCCUGUUGAGCACUGGAAGACGGAUCAGGUUCUUUCCGUGGACACUUACACCAACGUACGGGAUCGCCGCCACCAGACGACGCGGUUCCAUCGGGGCCACUUGCACGGUGCUCUGCUCUCCCACGUUCCCAGAUCCUCUAUUCACCUCAACAAGCGAGUCAUCCGAGCCGAGGCAGGGGAAGAGGGGGCUGUUCUCUACUUUGAGGACGGCAGCGAGGCUCAUGGUGGCUUGAUAAUUGCCGCUGAUGGCCUCCGAUCAAAAGUCAGACAGUCUUUGAUCCCGGAUUAUCAGCUCAAGUUUACCGGAAAGGUCUUUGUACGGUCAACGUUCGACGCGUCCUUGGUGGAGGGCAAGGUACCCGACCUGCCACACGAUGCCAUUCACUGGUGGGGCCCCAAAGAUUCGUUCUUCGCUUCUAGGCUCGGAAAGGGCCAGUACACCACCGUCGGCGCCUACGACGACCCGCGCAGCGGUCCGGAGCUGGACGUCGCCUGGAACCAGCCCGGCAGCGUCGACCUCUUCCGGGCCCGGUUCGGCGGCGACUCCUCCUGGAACCCCGUCGUCCGGCGGCUCGCCGAACUCACGCCCAGCGUGCGGCUGUUCCCGAACUACGCCGGCGCGCUGGCGCUCGGCCUCGCGCUCCGUCACGUGGCUGUCGAGUUGGGAGCAAGCCUGGUAUUGCCGGAGAUUCAGCGUGCGUUGACGCUGUAUGACAGGACGAGGCGGCCGCACGCCACGAGGUUGCUGGGCAUCAUACACGGCGCGCUCAAGCCUACGCAGAAGUCGUAUGGCUCGGCGGAGGAGGAGGACGAUGCGCUGAUGAAGAGGUUCAAGAAUAGGCCGGACCUGACGUGGUUGUCGGAGCACGACGUGGAGGCUGCGUUCAAGCAAACGGAGGAGGAGCUUGAAGGUACAAAGGGGACGCAGCAGUUGGUGGUGGCUGAAACAAACAGCAAGCCCAAGAGUAAAUUUUAG